UUUCACCAUUGACGUGAGCAACAGUGUUUUCCUGUUCUUCAACAGCAGUAUCAGCUCCGUGCUUUAGCUUGCCAAUCGUCAGAUUAUUCUUGAAAGCGUCUCUUUGGCAGCAUCAUCCCCGGGCUGCUUCUUACCAAGUUCGGGUCGACGAGUAAAAGCAGGUCGGGAUUAUGGAACAAGCGAACAGGUACCAAGUGUUGCAUAACGAGGAGGAAUCAUCGGAUGGUUCUACAUCUGUCAGUGAACAACAGCAGCAAGGGGCAUGUUCUUCAGCUACAGCACAGCCUGCAGCAGCUAACCAGGACCAAAGAGCAACACAAGAGGUGCAGUCAGGCUCUGAGGCUCCACCCCCACCAUAUGCAUCUAUUGACUUAGGAGCAACAGCUGCUUCACCUGAGACCAGUUUCCAGGGAGCGUUUCCUGUUCCUCCACCAUACAGCGUUGCAACGUCUUUGCCAACAUAUGAUGAAGCAGAAAAGGCCAAGGCAGCAGCCAUUGCUGCCUCCUCUGUGGAGGUGCUGACACGGGAUGAUGACUUCACUCCCAGAGAUGAUUUCAGUGACGCCGAUCAGCUAAGAGUUGGAAAUGAUGGCAUCUUCAUGUUGGCCUUUUUCAUGGCCUUCCUGUUCAACUGGAUUGGCUUCUGUUUGUCUUUCUGUCUGACCAACACCAUAGCAGGUCGAUAUGGUGCAAUCUGUGGUUUUGGCCUCUCCCUCAUCAAGUGGAUUCUUAUUGUCAGGUUCUCUGAUUACUUCACUGGGUACUUCAAUGGUCAGUACUGGCUCUGGUGGAUUUUCCUGCUGCUUGGUCUCCUGUUGUUCUUUAGAGGUUUUGUGAAUUAUCUGAAAGUUCGUAACAUGUCAGAGAACAUGGCCACAUCUCACAGGACACGUCUUUUCUUCCUGUACUAAGCAAAGAUCCAGACAAUAGGACUUGGUUUUCUGUAACAUCUUCAUCGCCAUCAUUCCUCACUAAUGUGAACUUCCUCUUCCUGGGAGGACGUGUUCGACGAGUUUAGCUCAGAGGGGAAGAGAUCAGGGAAGUAAGAAAGAAAGGAUCAAAAUGUUUCCCACUAAAAAGAUUUGCUCUCUCACUGAGGUCUCACUGAGGAUUGUUUUUUUUGUUUUUUUUUUCAUUUUCACUUGGUUUUGAUGUAGUGUAUGUGCUGUAUUAGCGAGAAGGUGACACACUUACACUCACACACUGGGUCAAAGCACAAGAUAAAAUUAUCUCAAAAAGAAAACAGUAAGGAUGAUAGAAAGUUUUCAAAAUAUAGAGAUUUUUUGUGGUCUAACCACCAAACGUUGAGUUAAACUAACAAACAGACUUUCCGCAUUUUAGCCUUUGGAACAUUUUCCUUUACGGUUGAGGCUAAGAUAAAAUUAAGUAAAAUAAAAUAAUAUUAUGAAAGUGCACUGCUGCUCUGUGGCAUUUGAUCUUCUAUCACCUGUAAAACAUCACCAUUUCCAUUGUAUGAUCAAGUCUCUCUGGGCAGAGAUGUGGUUAGAGGUGGGUCGUAUUGGAUUUGUGAAAACUUUUAUGCAAAUUGUUGGGAGCUGUGUCCGUAUAUAAGGUACUGUGUUAGUACUAAAUGUGUCAUGAGUUAAAUCUUAUAUAUAAGCUAUAGGUACUGAAUUGUUUGUCAACCGAAUUAGUUAAGGAUUUAAUUUUUUUCUCCAUACAGUUUGACAGCCUUUUAUUCUAGACCAACAUGAAUUAUAAUCUGCAGUUUAGCCUUACACACCACUUCUAUUGUCACCUACUGCUUCAUCCAUCAUGAAGUUCAGAAGUAUGGUUUUGUGAUUAAAAAUAGCUCUGGAUUGUGGUGUGUGGUAACGAGUGUGUUACAAACCUCUCCUUCAUUUGUAAUUGGACAAAGCAGUGAACAGAUUCUUAGGAGUUGAAGCCAAUAAGAUCUAUAGAUCAUUUUAACAUUUCCUUACAAAAGUCCACAGAGAAAAUCGGUAGUGUUUUUGUCAUGGCACACUGGACUUGUAUAAAAAAAAAAACAAUAAUUUUUUUUUGUCUUUAAAAUUGAAAUAGUGACAAGUUCUUGUGCAUGUGGUGCAUGGGUUAAACCAGCGUCUCUUUAAUUUUCCUGACACAAUGUAAAAGAUUCCCCUUAUUUUCAUACAUCAGCUUGGAUGAGGAGUAUGGGAAGGUAAGAACAGAGGUUGAGAGGUUGCUAAAGAUCAACGCAUGUACAUAACAAACCAGCGAAUGCCAACCAGUCCUAACCUGUGACAUUUGCACUUUUAAAGAACCUGUGUACAGAAUAAUUUGUGAAUCUUAAAGUAGGGUCAGAAAAAGUUUUAAAACUGGAAUUUCUUAACCAUCCUAAACAGGUAAUUUUGCUCUUUGCACUACUUAUUUUUUUAAAAAAAUCCUCAUCUUUGUCUUUUUCUCUGAACAGUAUUGCCAAAAAAAAAUAAUUUCUUUAACUUUCUUUCUUUGGAUCUUUUCCUUUCUCUAAGGUCAAAGGCCUUUUCAAGCAAUAUUAAGAUAUUAUCUUAGCUCUAUUGCAUGAUGUGAACAGCAGUUUAAUCAAAGUAAACGGUAAAAUGUUAAUUGUAAAUAUUUUUUUCCCCGUAACAUCAUGUGCUUUGUUGUUAACUGUAACUGGAUUAGAAUGAUUUAAGAUGUUUAUCCAAAAUGACAAUAAAAAAAUAAAUAAAUAAGCA